AUGGUAAGCUGUCGGCUGAAGACGGUUCAUAUGGCCGAACUUUUAUUCACUGAUAACAGAGUGAAAGUCGAAUCCUUUGAGGAUGAUGAGCCGAAUAUAAAAUCAGAUUUUUUUGACCCGAAACCGGAGGACCUACAAACAGAGCUUCCAGACUUGCCUUUUAGUAAUGAAGGCAAUGAUUUUGGCUCGGGAAAGGAUGCAUACGGCGAUCUAUUUCUUAUGGAUCCAAAUGACCUGUUAGGAGUUCGUGAAGAGAUUGUUGGAAGCGAAUCCUCAAAAAGUGCGGAGGAAAUUCCUGUUCCCAGAAAUCCCGAAUCCGUUCCCGUUACACCCACACGUCCUCGGCGAAGCGCCCGCAAAAAGAAACUCAAGAAAAAACAGUUCUUGAAGCCAACUAGCGUUUCUGAUGAUCGUGACAGUUCCGAUUUUGAGGACUUUUGUCUGCCAAUGACGAACUCCCCAGUCGCAGAAAGCGACCGUACUAUCUGCUGGCCGAAGAAUCGGCUUCCGGCCUCUAAACAAACUUAUUCCGUCCGCACUGUGGGCUCUCCGAUGUCAUUUGAUAGCUAUGUUUCUCAGGGAAAUUCGGAUAUCGUACUUGCUAAAUUGGACCCGGAUGUCUCCGUGCGGACUCAUUCAUUGUCGCCUUUCGCUUGCAACCAACUUCCUUUCACCGCGAAGUCUCAGCUGCAGUCCGGUCUCUUGAACAUGACGGUGCACGCCAUCCGCCGUCGCGAUGCAGCAUUUCGUAGCAUUAACUAUCAGCAACUCUCCCCCGAACGGUCAGCAUCACACUCCAAUGGCUCCAGCUUGAACCAGACCCUCCGCACUGUUCUCUGCCCGCACAAAAAUUGUGGCAAGCUGUUUCGUGACAAUUCGGCUAUGCGCAAACACCUUCAUACACAUGGUCCUAGAGUACACGUCUGUGCAGAAUGUGGCAAGGCUUUUGUGGAGUCAAGUAAACUCAAACGUCAUCAAUUAGUGCAUACGGGCGAGAAGCCGUUUCAGUGCACCUUUGAAGGCUGUGGCAAACGGUUUUCAUUGGAUUUCAACCUCCGGACUCACGUUCGUAUUCACACAGGUGAUCGUCCAUAUAUGUGUCCAUUCGAGGGCUGUUCUAAGCGCUUUGCGCAGUCGACAAACCUCAAGUCACACAUUAUGACUCAUGCCAAAGUUCGUUAUCGGGGCAUCAGAAACUCGUGUUCCUCCCAGUCUGGCGCCUAUUACUCGAGUAGUCUAGACGAUCUGCCUCCGUCCCAUUCUCUCAGUCAUCGGUUACAUGGUCAACCCUAUCACUCGAUGCUGAUGCGUGAACCUGCCGCUAGUACCUUGUUUGGCGAGUCUGCCUCUUCAGCUUUCCUGGACGGCCAAUCCAGUGCGUUGCUGGGCUCUGCAACUAGUGCCUCCCAGCCGGUUUCCCCUACUUCACCCUUCCUGUCCACUUCUGGUGGUAACCAUGUCCCAUCAAGUAAUAGGGCCAUAUUUGACCGUGACUAUGAUGAUGACUCUGGCGCCCUGGAGCUAGAGGGCGAGGAGCAUGAAGGAAUUGCUAACGGCAACGGUCUCACUGGCCCCUCCCUCUCGCCUGAAGAAGGCGACCUCGUCAUCGCUGACGACCAUGCAGACGAUAAAUCCGUGAUAUCCUUAAAUCUUGCCACCUACCAACUUCGGUCGGCACCCAAAAUCUCUCGUCCGACGCAAGGUCGGCGUCCACUUUCCCGUCCCCCGGUUAAUCGGAGGAAGCAAGCGAGGUUACGCAAGUCCUCCGGCCCACCCCUGCGAUCAGACCUCUCGUCUUCAUCGCGUACUCUCCCCACUUUGCACACGCCGUCGGCUGUG